CGGCGAGGAAGCCGUCAAAGUCCACCGCAGCCAACCCCCCCGCCGGAAGCCGGAAGGCAAAGCAGCCGACGCGUCUACCAAAUCCAUUGCUCGCCCCUCCCCUUCCUCCCUUCCUUCCUCCUCCGCGUUUCCACCACUACAAGAGCCCUGCGCGCAGACCCGCCGGAAAAUUCCACAGGUCCAAACUGCGACCAGCAACCAGCGCCCAAGCCCAACUAGCCUCCACCACCCCCGUUCCCUCAGCUCCCCGCCGAUCCUCCUGUCGAGAGAUAUGGCCACCGAGGUGCUGCGCGCGCACAACAUCCUCCUGCCGGCGCCGCACCGGACCCGGCCGGCGGCGUCGCACCGGCGGCCCAGCAACAGCAACAACCCCGCGGUCGCCGGCAGGAGGUCUCCGCCGGCUACCGCGCCCGGCCGGAGGCACCACGGCAGGAAGGCGGCCAGGCCCGCCGCGGAGGUGUACGCCGGGCCGGCGUUCUCGACGUCCCCCGAGCCGAGCGCCCUGCCGCUGCCGCAGUUCCCCGUCAAGAAGGCCGCGGCCGCCGUGGACCUCCUCGUCGACGACGCCGCGACGCGCGACCUCAGGCGCAUCCUGCGGCUGGAGUGAUCGAUUGGCGGCCCCUCCCCGGUUCCUCUUUCACUAGUCCGUCCCCCUUUGUUAGUUCAGUUCGUAGUCGACGCGUGAUCGAUGGAGCUGCAGGCUGCAGCUGUAUGUUGGUUCUAGCUAGUCUCGCGGUGCGUGCGUGUUCCGCGCCGCCGCGCGGCGAGGCCUCCCCGCCUCCGGCUCAGUUUUAUUGUGUGGCCGGAGGCGGCAAGGCACGCGGCGCGCCGUGGGCUCCCCACCGCGACGGCGGUGUAGAAUGACCGCAGCAGUAUAUUACUUGGCCGUGACAUAGAAAUUUACUACAUGUAUAGGGUAAGCAAGGGGUUCCUCGGUAUACAAUACGAAAACCUCUCUCUCUCUCUCUCUCUCUCUCUCUCUCUCUCUCUCUCGAUCUCGACUGGUAGGCAGGCAAGCUACUUUACUUUCUGGGUCUGUUGUUCAUCUUCAUCAAUGUACUGCAAGCAUAUAGUACGUUUCAAUCUUGUGGAUUUGAAUAAGUCAAAUUGUGUUGAUUUCAAUCGCAA